AUGGCGACCGUGACCGAACGUAUAAAAGAAUUAAAGCCCAAUGAGAGGUUUUGCCUGUUUGAAUUUUUUCCGCCAAAAACGGAUACUGGGUUUAGAAACUUGCUCGCAAGAUUACACAGAAUGAUGGCCUUGAAUCCACUUUUUUUUACUGUCACUUGGGGUGCCGGGGGUUCCACUAGUGAGAAGUCGUUGGAUUUGGCUGCAACCUGUCAAAAGGAACUUGGGGUAACUACUGUGCUUCAUUUGACUUGUACCAACACCAACAAGGAGGUCAUCGACAAUGCUUUAGAAAGAGCCAAGGAAGCCGGAGUAAGAAAUAUCUUGGCGCUUCGUGGCGACCCACCCAGAACACAGGAAUACUGGACACCAAACUGUGACUUCAAAAAUGCUAUUGAUUUGGUGAAAUACAUUAAGGAGCAAUAUGGCGAUUACUUCUGUAUUGGUGUUGCAGGCUACCCCGAAGGCCAUGUCGAUGGGGCCAAUGAGACCCAACAAAAUCCCCGCAAAGAUCUCCCAUAUCUCAUCGAAAAGGUAAAAGCUGGUGCUGAUUUUAUCGUGACGCAGCUUUUUUUCGAUGUUGACAAAUUUGUUGCGUAUGAAAACUUGUUACAAUCUGUUCCUGAGCUUGCCAAUGCGAUUCUUAUUCCCGGGUUGAUGCCCAUCACAACCCAUAAGGUAUUUGUACGUGCUACUAAGUUGUCGCAUGCUCUGGUGCCACAAGAAAUCACUGACAAACUCGAGGCACCAGGCAACGACGACAACAUGGUGAAGUCUAUUGGAAUUGACGUUCUUACCAAAAUCAUAUCUGAGGUGGACCGUAAGACCGAGGGCAGAGUACGGGGUUAUCAUUUCUACACUCUCAAUUUGGAAAAAGCGGUUGCUUUUAUUAUUGAGAGGUCACCGCUUUUGAAUCUAGUCGACCACAACGAAGUGGUUGACCACGAGGAUGCAGUAGGAUCAGAUUCAGACACAGAAGAGCCCGUAAGGGUCACGACUCGCAAAGCUCGUAGGAGCUUGACGGCCGAAGACGGAAGACUUGCCUUGAUAUCUGAUGCCCUUUUAAAGGACCGAAGGACACUCAUUGACAUUAGUACUGGAAAGGGCGUCUUGGGCAAAGAUGCUACAUGGGACGAGUUUCCAAAUGGACGGUUUGGUGACUCCAACUCACCGGCUUACGGAGAGAUUGAUGGAUACGGGCCUAACUUGAAGCUACACACUGCCGAGCAAAUUGUCCAGACCUGGGGUACGCCUGAAACAACAAAAGAAAUCUCUAAACUUUUCAUGGAGUAUUUGUCUGGUAAAAUUGAUAUCUUGCCAUGGGUGGAUACAGAAAUGUCUUCCGAAACUGCUUUGAUUCAAGAGGAAUUGUUCGAGUUGAAUCAGCGUGGGUGGUUCACAUUGGCCUCACAGCCAGCUGUAAAUGGAUGCCCUUCAGCUGAUAGAAUACUUGGUUGGGGUCCCUCCAACGGUUUCUUGUUUCAAAAAGCUUUUGUUGAAUUUUUUAUUCCGAAGAAAGAGUGGGAUGAGAAGCUCUCUUCUAAAUUGAGUCAACAAAUCCAGGACAAAACAGUGACGUUCUUCCGCGGCGACAGUUCAGGCAACAUCACGUCGAACUUGCCAAUUGGGGGCAACAAUCAGAAUAGUAAAACCGCGAUCACUUGGGGUGUGUUCCCCUCGACUGAAGUGUUGCAGCCCACGAUUAUUGAUUAUGAAUCUUUCAAAGCAUGGAACGAGGAGGCUUUUCUUUUGUGGGUCGAAUGGGCAAGGUGCUAUAAAAGAGACACUAAAGCUUACGAGCUUUUGCAAUCUAUCUAUGAGAAUUAUUACUUGAUAAGCAUGAUCUACCACGAUUUCACAGAUGAACUUGGAUUAUGGACACUGUUGCUAACAGAGUGA